CACAUCACCAAACGCUUGUUAUCAAUUUCAUCUGUUUUUAACCAUGCUGGGGAACGGCGAACAUUUUUUCGAAGGGGUUGAAAAACUCCUUGAAAUUUGGUUUGAGGAAAGUUCCAAUAGUGAGAAUGACCUACGGAAUAUAAGCAGGGCUGACUGGGAAAACGUGCUGAGCCAUGUAAACUGUGAAAUUAUCAGUACUUCCAAAAAUGAUGUUAUUGAUGCCUUUGUGUUGAGUGAGAGCAGUAUGUUUGUUUCAAAACGAAGAUGGAUUUUAAAAACAUGCGGAACGACGACUCCUUUAAAAUGCCUAAGCUUAUUGUUGAAAUUAGCUGCUACUAAUGGAUUUACCAUAGUAGCUGAUUUAUUUUAUUCCCGUAAAAAUUUUACAAGACCAGAAGCUCAGAUAACUCCACAUCAAGGUUUCACAGAAGAAGUCACUUAUUUGGAUUCAAUCUUUCCCAACGGAAGAUCUUAUUGUUUAGGUUCAAUGAACUUGGAAUGCUGGUAUCUUUACACAUUUAGUCGGGCUGAUAUUAAAAUUUCUCCCGAACAAAUAACUGAUGGGAAAGUCGCUGAUUCUGAUUCUGAUCCAGACCAGACUAUUGAAAUACUAAUGCAGGACUUACAUCCAGAGAAGAUGGGGAUCUUUCAUAAGGAAAAGUUUGCCAGCGCCCAUGAAGCCACAUUGAAAUCUGGAAUAGACACGAUAUUGCCAAGUAUGCAUAUUGACGACUUUCUUUUCGAUCCUUGUGGAUACUCUAUGAAUGGGAUUAAUGAAAAGGGCGAGUACAUGACAAUUCAUAUUACCCCUGAGAAUCAGUUUUCAUAUGUCAGCUUCGAAACGAACGUGGCUUUGAGUAACUACAGAAAGCUUAUUAAUCAAGUUAUCAAUACGUUCAAACCAGGGAAAUUUAUUGUAACAAUAUUUGCAAAUAAGUGCUCCUUGGCUUAUGAAACUAUGAAAGAGUUGGAAGUAGAGUACUCAAAAGGAUCGCAUUGGAAAAGAACGGACAUGCAAUGUUGUAAUUUUCCAUCUUAUAACCUGUUGUUUGCUCAAUAUUCCCAUACUGAUAAGAAAGGUGAUAAUUUAUAAACGAAAGAAUUAAAUAUGUGUUUGUAGAUUUUCUUGUUUAUCCGUUAUUGAGUAAAUUGAAUCCCGAAUAAACGAUACAACUUAUUGACA